CAGGGAUUAGUGUCAUUCAAGGAUGUGACUGUGGACUUCACACAGGAGGAAUGGCAGCACCUAGAUCCUGCUCAUGUUGGAAAACUAUUGCCACCUCAUUUCUGUGGGGUGUCACAUGACCAAGCCUGAUGUGAUCCUGAAGUUGGAACGAGGAGAAGAGCCAUGGACAUCACUGACAGGUCAGACCUGCUUAAAAAAAAACUGGAAACCUGAAGACUUUUUAGUGAAAUUCAAGGAACACCAACAUAAGUAUUCUAGAUCAGUUGUAUUCAUCGGUCACAAAAAACUGAUUAAGGAGAACAAUAAUGUGUGUGACAACACACUUACUUUAAGCAAAAACCCUAUAAAUUCAAAAAAUCUAAUUCCUGAAUAUAACCAUUAUGGAAAGAUUUUUAAAAAUGUAUCAGAAUUAAUCAUCAAUAAUAUAAGUCCUGCAAGAAAGAGGCAUAGUGAGUAUGAUGGAUAUGAGAAGUCACUCUUUAGUGCUAAAUCAGAGACAGCUCACUAUGGAGUCAAAUCCCAUAAUCAAAAUGGUAGGGCUAUCAGUCAUAAUGAAGUUCGGAUGCAGUAUCGUAAGAUGGAAACUCCAGCACAGUCAUUUGGAUAUAAUGACUGCGAGAAAUUAUUGCUUAAAAAAGGAAGCUUACUUACAUAUCAGAGAACAUACAUAAAAGAAAACACAUCUGAAUAUAAUAAAAGGAGAAGAGCAACCAAUAUUGAAAAAAAACAUAUUUGCACUGAAUGUGGAAAGUCCUUCUGCAGGAAGUCAGUAUUAAUUCUGCAUCAGGGAAUUCACACAGAGGAAAAACCCUAUCAAUGUCAUGAGUGUGGAAGUUCAUUUAGAAGGAAGUCAUAUCUCACUGAUCAUCAGAGAACACACACAGGAGAGAAACCCUUUGUUUGUAAUGAAUGUGGUAAGUCCUUUCGUCUAAAGACAGCCCUCACUGAUCAUCAGAGAACACAUACAGGGGAGAAAUCAUAUGAAUGUCUACAGUGUAGGAAUGCCUUCAGAUUGAAGUCACAUCUCAUCCGUCAUCAGAGAACUCAUACAGGAGAGAAACCAUAUGAGUGUAAUGACUGUGGGAAGUCUUUCCGCCAGAAGACAACACUCUCUCUACAUCAGAGAAUUCAUACAGGAGAGAAGCCUUAUAUUUGUGUAGAAUGUGGGAAGUCCUUUCACCAGAAGGCAAACCUUACUGUACAUCAGAGAACUCAUACAGGGGAAAAGCCGUAUAUUUGUAAUAAAUGUGGGAAAUCCUUUUCCCAGAAGACAACUCUUGCUCUUCAUGAGAAAACUCAUAAUAAGGAGAAACCCUAUAUUUGUAAUGAAUGUGGAAAGUCCUUCCGCCAGAAGACAACCCUUGUAUCACAUCAGAGAACACAUACUGGGGAAAAAUCUUAUGAAUGCCCUCACUGUGGGAAGGCCUUUAGAAUGAAAUCAUACCUCAUUGAUCAUCACAGAACUCACACGGGAGAGAAACCAUAUGAAUGUAAUGAAUGUGGAAAAUCCUUUAGUCAGAAGACAAAUCUCAAUCUACACCAGAGAAUCCAUACAGGGGAAAAACCCUAUAUUUGUAAUGAAUGUGGGAAGUCCUUUCGCCAGAAAGCAACCCUCACUGUACAUCACAAAAUACAUACAGGUCAGAAAUCCUAUGAAUGUUCUCAGUGUGGGAAAGCCUUUAGCAGGAAGUCCUAUCUCAUUCAUCAUCAAAGAACUCAUACAGGAGAGAAACCAUACAAGUGCAAUGAAUGUGAAAAGUGCUUCCGCCAGAAGACAAAUCUAAUUGUACAUCAGAGAACUCACACAGGGGAGAAACCCUAUAUUUGUAAUGAGUGUGGUAAGUCCUUUAGUUAUAAGAGAAACCUCAUUGUCCAUCAGAGAACUCACAAGGGAGAAAAAAUGGACAUGCAAUAAAAUGUGAUUUCUUUGGGAAGCGUUCCUUCCCAAGUUAUUGUAAAACUUUAGUUUUUAAAAGCAUGCUAAUAAGGUCAUUUUAAUCACAGAUAUUAUUAAUUUAAAGUACCAUACAGCAUAACUUUUUACUGCUUACUAGCAUAAAAAUUGGUAUGAUCAUUGUUACUGAACUCUAUCAGCAGUGAAUCUAAUUUUUGUUUUCAAGUUCUGAUGACUCAAUUUACUUUUUAAAAACUUAUACAGGGAGAGGCAAGAUUUUUAAAUGGCCAAAAGCAUUAGUCUUCAUAACAGAAAUGAAAUAUGAACUAUAUUUCUCAUUGCAUUUGGUAAAAAAAAAACACAUAGUUAUUACUUCCCCAAAGAUUAUCACUUCCCUGGCUUAUAACAGCAUGAAGUAGUUUUUGCAUGUCUUUACAUAUCUUUAUCACACAUCAUGAAUUCUUUUGUGUCUUUUUUCACUCAACAUUCUGAAGAUUCAUACAUUGUGUGGCAGUAGUGUUUUCAUAUUUAUUUUGUAUAGUAUUCCACUUUUAAAAUAUCCUGCUGUUUAUCCUCUUGAUGGUUAUUUGUAUUUUUUAUAAUUUUGUGUUAUAAUAAAGUUACUACUAUAAGUAUUCUUGU